AGCUGCUCCGGCCGCCGGCGCCCGCAGCCCACCCGCCGCGCCACCUUCGGCGUCACGUCGCCAGCUCCCGAGGAGUACAUGCCUACCAUCUUCUUGGAUAUGUUGUAAUUGACAAACACUGGCUGUCAGAAACUUAUGAUCAUCUCUUGGAAGUCGCAGUUACUCCAGAGCAGUUAAACCACUCUCGGAAUGUGGUCGAGGCUGCCCCGAGUGAACUUGCAGCAACUCUGGUCAAAUUUGAAUCUGCUCAGUCGGAGAAAUCCGAGUAUUAUUUUCCUUUAUCACCCACGCUUCGAGAACUGCGAUCCAAGAUGCUUUCCAAAGAAGUUUCCUGUCAAGAGUUGAAAGCUGAAAUGGAGAACUACAGAGAAAACAAUGCCAGAAAAUCGUCUCUCCCCACCUCUUUGAGAGACAGAGCUCAGGAGCUAGAAGAAGAAUCAGCGGCACUCUCCGCUUCUAAAAUUAGAAUUAAAAUCACAGCUCAGUCUGCAAUCAAGGAGAACCAGGAGUUAAAGAAGGAAGUUGUAGAACUGGACGAGAAAUUGCAAAAAUGUUUAAAGGAAAACGAGGAGAAUAAGGAUCAAGUCUCACAGAAUUGCAGGAAACAUGAGGAAUUUCUGACUCAACUUCAUGACUGCCUAGAUCCAGGGAAAAAGAAUGAAAAGGCAUCAGAUGAAGAUUUAAUUCUAAAGCUUGGAGAGCUGUGCAAGGAAAACGCAUUCGUGAAAGGACAAAUUGUUACUCUUGAAGAGACUAAAAAUGUCCAUGAGAUGGAGGCAAAAGCUAGCGGAGAAACAAUCACGAGGCUGGCUUCAGAAGUAAACAGAGAGCAGCAAAAAGCUGCCUCCUGCGUUGAAGAGAAAGACAAGCUGAACCAGAUGGUCUCCCAGCUUGAAGCCCAAAUAUCUGAGCUUGUUGGACAGUUGGGAAAUGAGUCCGGGUUUCACCAGAGAUCUCGACAGAGAGCCCAGAAAACAGAAAACAGGUUGGAGACUCUUCAGGGUCAGCUGACACACCUGGAGGGAGAGCUGGUCUCUGGAAACGUUUUGCGAGACAACUUGAAUUUCGAGAAGCAAAAAUAUCUUAAAUUUCUGGAUCAGCUUUCAGAGAAAAUGAAGUUGGACCAGAUGGCUGCUGAACUUGACUUCAACAUGCGUCUGGAUGUAGUUUUAGCUCGCACGGGGCAGCUGAUCCACCUCGAGAGCAGUGCAGUCAUUGAAAACAAGACGAUUGCCUACAGUUUACAGAGAAAGCUAAAGACUCAGAAAGAAAGACUGGAGAGCAAAGAGCUGCACAUGAACCGCCUCCGGCAAAAAAUAGCCCAGCUGGAGGAGGAGAAGCAGGUGCAUUCGGCAUCGGCUGCGGAGAGGGAUGAGGCCAGAGCCACCAUCAGGAAGUUGCAGAAGAAGGUGGAGAGGCUGCAGAAGGAGCUGAGUGUGUGUCGAGAAUUGAACACUGAGCUCAAAGCCAAACUGGCCGACACCAGUGAGCUUAAGAAUAAAACUUUGGAACAGACCAAAGCCAUUGAAGACCUAAAUAAAUCCAGAGACAAACUGGAAAAGAUGAAGGAGAAAGCUGAGAAAAAGCUACUGUCUGUCAAAUCAGAAUUGGAGAAGACAGAGCAUGGGGCUAGGGAGAGUAAAGAGAGGGCCAGGAACAUGCUAGAAGGGGUAACCAGUGAAAUGAAGACAUUAAAACAAUCUCUGGAAGAAGUAGAAAAGAGAGAAAAGCAGCUGGCGGACUUCAGGGAGGUGGUUUCCCAGAUGCUGGGCUUGAACAUGACCAGUCUCACUCUUCCUGACUAUGAAAUCUUCAAAUGUCUUGAAAGACUGAUCCAUUCACACCAGCAUCACUUUGUCACCUGUGCCUGCCUCAAAGAUGUGACCACAAGGCAAGAUGGACACCCACAGGGCCACUUACAACUUCUUCAUUGAACACUGUAUCUCUUGAGGGAGGGGGAGAUGAGAGAUAGGACAGAGUUCUCAAUUUCACAAAUUCCCCAAACCUUUGAAGUUUGAUCAGUGUGUGAAUAUCGUAUACUUUGAUGAUAGAGCAAGAAUCGAUCAUGGGCAAAAAAGGAUCUCAAAGGUGCCAGCCUUAGGUAGAUGUUUGGCACUAAAAACACCUAUUAUUUUAUUUGCUAGCACUUUGGGACCCAGAUGAAUUUCACUAGAUUGUGUAUCUAGAAUGGGAAAUGACGGUAGGGAAUUAACAAUUAUGGGGUUUCUAUUGUGAGUCAGGAGUUCUACUACCCAGUUUAAUUCUCAUAAUAAUAAUGUGGAGAAACUUUACUGUUUUUACUUUACAGCCUCUCUGGGGCUUGAGAGGUGAUCUUGGUUACCUACCUAUGAUUGCAGUUAGUUAGUGACAGAAUCAGAAUGAACACCAGGUCGGCUCAGUAGCAAAGACUGCACCUUCUCUGUUGUUUCACAGUCCUACUGUUUCUCCUGAAUUCCUGUGAUUCUGGUGGAAAUUGCCUUCAUCACAAAGCAAGGAAAACAUCUGUACAAUCAAGGAUUGAAGUCCAAAAGUGACUGAGAUUUAUGAGUGUAACCCACAUGAUUUCUUUAAAAAGCCAUACACCUAGUUAUGUGGAUGAAACAUACAUAGAUCUGAGGUCCUGUAAAAUGGUCCUCUUUUAAAUAAAUGUUGCUACCAGAUCGUAUUUGGUGGUAAUCAUUAAUGUUUGAACAGAGCCGAGCUCAGUACUUUAAAAAUGAAAGCUUUAACGUGAAAUACUGGUAAGAUGAAGAAAUCAUACACAGUUUAUUCACCAAUAUAUCAAAUAUCCUGACAGCAGGGAUACUUUUUCAGG